AUGCAGGAAAAGCCUCUUGCUCUUCGAUAGCAAGAGAUGGAUAGUGUUAUCAGAGGAGGAUAAAAGAGCUAUGGGAAUGGAGAUUAAAGUCAUAAAAUCUCCAAGGAUGAAGAUCUUACUUCCCUAUUUGCUUAAAGGAAUCUGAACCUACCAAAGACGAUGUCUGGUUCAGGGUAGAGCUCAGGCUAAAGUUAUAAUCAACCAAAUAAACAGUAGCAGUUAACUCCUUAGCAAUAAUAGUAGAAUUCGUACAACUAAAUUAAUCCAGGUGCUUACACUUAAAUGAUUUCUGGAGACUCAUCUCUAAGCUUAGAUCCUGCUGCUUAAUACAUGAAGAAAGCCCUUGACACUGCAUUAAAAGGAGAUAUUGUAAGAGAUAUAUAUCCGACAUUAAACUAUUUCAGAACUGAGGAAAAAUAAUCUGAUGUUAAAAGGUUCAAAAAUUAUGACAACCUGAGCAAAGAAGAUGCAGUCAUGGUCUUUUAAGAAGCUUUAAGAGAAGCUGGAGUGACAGCUUCAUGGAAAUGGGAGGAUGCUAAUAGAGUUGUGAUGCAUGAUCCCAGAAUCAAAGCCAUUAAAACUAUAAGUGAGCGUAAAUAAGCUUUCAAUGAUUUUGUCAAUGAGAUCAAGACUAAGGAGAGAAACGAUGCCAGAACUAGAAGAUAGUAGCAAAAAGAGGGAUUUCUUGAGCUGUUAAAGGCAACUAAGGGCUUGCAAAGUUUAAGUAAGUUUUACUAAGUCGCUAAAACUAUGCAAAACGAUCCAAGAUUCAAGAAUAUUGAGGAUAAGGAUCGAGAGGAAAUAUUCUAGGAUUAUCUAGAUGAGCUGAUGAACAAGGAAAGGGAGGAAAAAAGAGAGUAAACUGAAAAGACCAUUGAAAAACUCAAGGAAUAGUUUGCUAAGCUAAACAUCCCAGUUUCUAGUAAAUGGAAGGAAAUAGAGCAGGAGUUAUAAGAAGAUCCUGUAUUUAGCAAAGCUGAAUCACUUGAACAAAUAUCUGCCUAUGAAGAGUAUAUUAAGGCUUUGGAAAGAUAGGAGUUCUAAUAGAAGAAACUAGAGAAGAGGCGAUAGGAGAGAAAGAACAGAGAGAAUUUUGUAAAACUUUUAGAAGAAAAACUUCAAUCUAGAGAGUUAUCCCAUCGAACAAAAUUCAGACAAUUUGUUAAGCUGCACAAAGAUGACCCUAGAUACUUUAACUUAGUUGGUUAGCCUGGCUCAAAUGCUCAUGAACUAUUUGAGGAUAUCAUCAAUGAAGAGAAAGACUUAUUGAAAAUUCACAAGCCUCCUUUUAAGAGUCUAAUCAAGAGUAAGGGCAUUAAAUUUCCAACAAAUGUAUAAUUUGAUGCAUUUGAUUAGCAGUUAAAUUAAUAUCCUGAGUAUUCAUAACUUAGUCAAAAAGCCAAAGUUAUUCUGCAUGAGUACUAUCUCUAUAAAGUUAAACAGAAGGAAUAGGAAAAAGCACGCAAAGUUGCUAAAUUUCAAAAGAAUUUUGAAAAAUACUUGAAGAACAUUAUUAAUCUGAAUAAGUCAUCAGAUUACAGCGACUACCGUUAAUAGAUUGAGAGAUAAAGUGAUUUUGAUUCCCUUAAUGAUGAGCUUAAAUAAAAAUCAUUUAAUGAAGUGGUAACAUACCUUAAAGAAGAAUAAACGAAAAAAUCAAAGAAGAGAAGCAGAAGUAGAGGCAAAAAAAGUAGUCGCGACAGUUCAGUUGAAUCUGGUGAGGUAAAAACCUCCAAUACUAAUCAUAGCGGUGGAAAUCAUCACAAGCAUGGCAAGUCUAAAUCGCCUAGGUCAAAGGAUAGAAAUGCUGAUAAAAAUGGGCAUGAUAGUGACAAUGACAGAAAUAGUAGAUUAAACAAAAGUGAGAGUAAGAGAAAACUUAGUGGCGGGGACAAGGAUAGGAAACAUCAUAGUCCCUCUGGUAUAGCCUUAGUUUCAGUUGACGCCAAAUUCCCAAACAAGCCACCUGCACCUGCACCUACAUCAGCUCCACCUACUCCAACUGAAAAUCCAAUCUCUGACAAAAAGACUAAACCAGUCGGACCAGAAUUGAAAGAUCCAAUUCCUGUUAUCGUCUUUGAAGGAAUAAGAGGAGCAUGGCAAGGUCUCCAACAUGGAAUCUUCAAGACCAAGGAUAGCGGUGAUCAAUGCCUUAACGAUGAUGUUUCAGCCAAGAUUGAUAACGUUCUCAUCGCUCUUUCAGCAAUGGAUGUCAACAAACUCAGCCUUAUGGUUGGAGACAUUAUGAGCAUUGUUGGAAAUCUCCAAAAGUGCAACGUCAAUGCAUUUGUUGACCUAGAAAAAUUCUGCCAAGCCAACCCAACUAACUGUUCACCAGCUCAAUUGACUACUAACGCACAAAAGAACAUGUUUGUCCUCAUUGGAAAGAUUACUGAUCUCUCACAAGUCCUCCAAGAGAACCAUCCAAAGACUGCUCAUGAUGUUUACAACUUGACAUACAAAAUCGCUGAUGAUCUCGGUAACCUUAUGAGAGUUCUUCUUAACUUCGACGAGAAAGCAAAGAGAUUGGCCCUCAAGCACUGA